ACCGACAGCUACAGGAAAGGAGCCAUAGAGACGCUGAAUGCUGCAUGUUAUUUCCUUACUUCCCUGGCUAGCAAAAAGGCCCCUUGUUUUGGACAGCCUCAUCAGACAGUGCGCGUUUCUGCUCUUCUUUGCAGUCGAAGAUUCUGUUCCCUGUAAAAUGGAAAGAAAAUGUGCUUCUACUAGCAGUGUGUGACUGGAGUUAACCGAGAGAAAUGCAUCCUCCUUCAUCUACACAUGCAUAAGAAUUGACUGGAUCCACUCCCCAACAUGCUGUUGGCCAGAUUUAAUUCAGGCACAAACUGGCACCCUUGUUCUUUCUGCUGUGGGCUUCUCCGUGCUGAGAAGAAGCAAUGGCAUGUGCCUAGUAGAACUUGUUCUCAAGCAAACAAGCCCGAGCCAGAGAACCAGCUGAGGAAAAUGGACCGUCUGAAAAACAAGGCUGAGAAAGAGAAGCGGCAACGGGAGAGGCUGGAGUCCAUCGAAGCUGGGCUGGCUGCUGGGCUGAAGAAGGCGCCUUGGAGCGAAGGCACGGGUCAGGCCUUGAAAAACAUGGUUCUAUACAAGAUUCCCACUGUAGCUGGACAAAAGAAAGAUACCUCAGGACCACUGCCCACCUCCUAUAGCCCACAUUAUGUUGAAUCUGCUUGGUACGCUUGGUGGGUGAAAGAAGGAUUUUUCAAGCCAGAGUAUCAGCAUCAGUUGCCCCAUCAGAAGCCAGAAACAUUUUCCCUCUCCAUCCCCCCACCUAACGUCACGGGGUCCUUGCACCUGGGGCAUGCCUUGACUGUGGCGAUUGAAGAUGCUUUGGUACGGUGGAAGCGGAUGCAAGGCUAUAAGGUUCUAUGGGUACCAGGCUCAGAUCAUGCUGGAAUUGCCACUCAGGCUGUGGUGGAAAGAAAGAUCUGGAAGGAACAGGGAGCCUUGCGACAAGACUUCACACGAGAUGAAUUCCUGCAGGAAGUCUGGAAUUGGAAAGAGGAAAAAGGAAAUGAAAUAUUUCAGCAGCUGAAGGUGAUGGGAGCAUCGCUGGAUUGGGACAGAGUCUGUUUUACCAUGGACUCUGGCUUCUCCCAAGCUGUGACUGAGGCCUUCGUGCAACUGUACGAGCAAGGCAUGCUGUAUCGGGAGAGGCGCUUAGUGAAUUGGUCAUGCGCCUUGCGAUCAGCCAUUUCGGACAUUGAAGUGGAAAACAGGCAGCUGCAGGGACGGACAGAGCUCUCGGUGCCUGGAUUCCAGGGCAAGGUGCCAUUUGGAGUCUUGGUGACAUUUGCCUACGAAGUAGAAGGAGAAGCAGGGAGGAUAGGUGAGGAAUUGCCUGUGGCCACAACCCGCCCAGAGACCAUGUUGGGAGAUGUGGCUGUUGCUGUUCAUCCAGAUGACCCACGGUAUACACACCUGCAUGGCAAGAGGCUUUGCCAUCCAUUCACCGGACGUCUCCUUCCUAUCAUUACUGACCCCAUGGUGGAGCAGGAUGUGGGCACGGGGGCUGUGAAAGUGACCCCAGCACACAGCCAUGCUGACUACGAACUAGGCCGUAGGCACAGCCUGCCUUUCGUGUCUGUCAUUGCAGAGGACGGUACUAUGACAGCAGAGUGUGGGGAAUGGCUUCAGGGGCUGAAUAGAUUCUUGGCCAGAGAGAAGGUGUUGGCUGCCUUGAAGGAGAGAGGCCUCUAUCGGGGUACAAAGGAGCAUCCUAUGGUCCUCCCUCUUUGCAGCCGCUCCAGGGAUGUGAUUGAAAACCUCUUGAAGAACCAGUGGUUUGUCCAGUGUGAAGAAAUGGCUCGCUGGGCUUUGGAGGCUGUGGAAUCUGGAUACUUGAAGUUCACUCCUAAAUUCCAUGAGAAAAACUGGAGGACUUGGCUCUUGAAUACCAGUGACUGGUGUAUUUCUCGCCAGCUAUGGUGGGGCCAUCAGAUUCCAGCCUAUCGGGUUACGCUUUCUGGGUCGCCUGACCUAGGAGAGGAGAAUGAUGGAUUAUGGGUAGUGGGCAGGACAGAAGCGGAAGCUCGGAGAAAAGCAGCAGCCAUGCUGCAAAAAUCGGAAGAGGAUCUCAAGCUUGUGAGAGAUGCUGAUGUCUUAGACACUUGGUUUUCCUCUGGUCUCUUUCCUUUUGCCGCAUUGGGUUGGCCACAGAAGACAGGAGACUUCCAGCAGUUCUAUCCCAAUAGCCUGUUGGAGACAGGAAGUGACCUUCUCUUCUUCUGGGUGGCCCGGAUGGUGAUGCUUGGCAAACAGUUAACUGGAGAAUUACCUUUCUCUCAGGUUUUCCUUCACUCGAUGGUCCGUGAUGCUCAUGGCCGGAAGAUGAGUAAAUCUCUUGGGAACGUCAUUGACCCCCUUGAUGUUAUUCAUGGGGUUUCCCUGCAGGUUCUACAGGAGAAGCUUCAAAAAAGCAGCUUAGAUCCUAGAGAGGUUGCCAUUGCUAUGGAAGGCCAGCGGCGAGAUUUCCCUCAAGGGAUUCCAGCAUGUGGCACUGAUGCUCUAAGGUUUGCCCUCUGCUCUUAUUGUGCUCAAGGUGACAGCAUUAACCUGGAUGUGGCUGCCGUAGAGAAUGCCAGUCGUUUCUGCAACAAAGUUUGGAAUGCCCUGAAGUUCACCUUGGCAGCUCUGGGGGAAGGGUUUACCCCAGUAGAUCCAGAGGAGGUUUACCCCAGCUCCCCCAUGGACCGGUGGAUCCUCAGCCGUCUCUAUCACACAGCAGAAGAUUGUGCCCGGAAGUUUGAGGAGUUUGAGCUGCACUCUGUCACUUCUUCAAUUCACCUUUUCUGGCUGUGUGAUUUCUGUGAUGUCUACUUGGAAUCAAUCAAACCUAUACUGAGAAAUCGGGAUCCAGAUCGGCUCCUCUCCACUCGUCAGACCUUGUACAGCUGUGUGGAUCUGGCCCUGCGUCUCCUCUCUCCCUUCAUGCCUUUCGUGACUGAGGAGCUGUGGCAGCGGCUUCCCAGGAUGGACUCCCGUUCUCCUCUCAGCAUCUGUGUGGCCAGAUACCCAACCACUGAACACCUGACCCACUGGCAUAAUCCUGAAGAAGAGGCAAACUUUCUGUUAGUACAGGACAUCAUCAAAACAGUACGCAGCCUGAGGGCAACAUACCAGCUUACCAAAGUUCGGCCUACAGUGUACCUGGUUUGCCCAGAGCUAGUUCCUCGUGGAGUGUAUGAGAAGUAUCGGGAACCACUGCAGACUCUCUCCUUGGCUGGCUCUCUGAGACUCCUCCCAGAUUCUGAAGGGACAGAGCCACCUGCAGGCUGUGUGGCUGUGAAGGCAAAUAGUCAUGCCGACAUCUUUGUGGAUCUGGAGGGGCUGGUUGAUCCCCAAAAGGAGCUCCUCAAACUGAUGCCUCGGCAACAGAAACUGGAACGACAACUUGCAGGCCUCACAGUGCAGGCUCAGGGGACCAGAUAUCAGGAGCAGGUCUCCCCAAAAGCCAAAUCGUAUCACCAGCAAAAGAUUUCCUUGCUCCAUUCAGAGCUGAAGCGGACAGAACAGGCCAUAGCAACCUUCCAGAAGAUGGCUGUAAGGCAAGGAUUGUCUCCUGAUAGAACUGAGUAAAGAGAGCUGGUAGAGCUAACUCUAUACCAGGCAGCUGGAUUGACUGCAAGGCCCAGGAAGCUGAGUGCUGGGGGCAGAUGUUGGGAGGUCUGUGAGGUUCUGAGACAUCAUUCUAUGAUGGAGCGGUCCGCACCGUGACUUGAUUUUGGACACUAGGAACAAUUCACCAGCUGAAUAGAAGUAUUAGGGGGCUGAUGGGCAUCAUGAGGCAUAGCGCACCCAUAGAAGAAAUGUUUUUUUCUUGAACAGUGCUCAGUGCUGACCUUUAUUGCUGCAGGAUUUGUGGACCAUUACAAUACAUAGUAUCCUCAUGUGGCCACCAAGAGACACUCUUGUCCCACAGCAUAGCCACACACCAUUCACACUUGGAUGCUAUGCACCAUUUCACAUGUUCAAAAUUUUGUCAGUCUUCAGGCAGUCUUCGCUGACUGUCCUCGGGGAAGCACUCAUAUGGCAAGCAUAUUCUGUGACCCUUACUGCUCACAGGAACAUCCGCAAGUAUCUGCAAAUAAUUUGCAUAAUCACAGAGGCUGGAGAUAUGCUGCUGUGGUUGUGGAAAGAGCUGCUGGGAAACAACAGCUGUAUCUGUGCCUGCCCAGUUUUUCAUGUGCCGUUAUCGAUGUCCGUGCACUAUAGGGACUGUCAAUCACAUCAUUUGGAGGACCCUGGAAUGUCUGAACUGGCCUUAUGAUGACUAGUCACUCCAUCCAUUAAUAAAAAGAAAAGGGCCACGGUGGUUGAGCUUGUUACUCUAACCAGCAACAGAAACUGCUUUUUAUUAUUUGAGGUCGAGGGCAGAGUACAUCUCUGCUGACAACAUGAACUCUGUAGACUUGAAAGACUUGUAUGCCAGAGAUCCAGCUGUAAAAUAAUGUUGUUUGAAAUUUAAUCCUCUAUUAAAAGACUUGGUAAGCAAA